UUGCCAAUUGCCAUGCAUCUUCCACCUUCCUUCCCCUUUCAUCCACCCUUUUAAACCAUAGCAAGUUUUCUCAUUUUCAUAUGCUUAACAAUCUCAAUUAUUCUCAACCCUGCAGCCAUGGUUCUUUCUGAAAUGGACUACUUUUUUCCAGAUGACACAUCACAUAGUAAUAUCAACUCCACUUCUCCCUUGUUUGGUUCCAUACAACUUUUCCUUUACUUUACUACAUUUUUUAACAAAAUCAAUAAGUUCUUUUCAAGUUUCAAGUUUUUUCUUCUUUGUCAACUUCACUCUAGUAGCUCAGAGGUAAGAGUAGAGAAAAAGAUAUUAGAAUCUAAUAAGUUUAACCACCAAGAGAAUAAUGAGUUAAAUGUUGGAAGAGAAAGUGGUGAGAUUAUUGAGAGGGAUGAAGUGAAAAUGGUGAUGGAAAAAAUGGGAUUAUUUUGCAGCUCAGAAAGUGAGGAACUUGAUGAAAAGUAUGGUUCCAAUGAUCUUUCUGAACUGUUUGAGGAGAAGGAGCCUAGCUUGGAAGAAGUGAAGAUGGCUUUUGAUGUUUUUGAUGAGAACAAAGAUGGUUUUAUUGAUCCAAAGGAGUUGCAAAGACUUCUUGUUAUUUUGGGAUUCAAAGAAGCAUUAGAAUUUGAGAACUGUCAAAAGAUGAUCAACAACUUUGAUCAAAAUCAAGAUGGAAGAAUUGAUUUCAUGGAAUUUGUAAUUAUUAUGGGAAACCUCAUCUGUUGAUUUGUUUGUUCCUUUGUUUAAGGAUAUUCAUAUAUAACAUAAUUUGAGUUUAUUUGAUAUA